AUGCGUGAGAUCGUUCACCUCCAGACCGGCCAAUGCGGUAACCAAAUUGGUGCCGCCUUCUGGCAGACCAUUUCCGGCGAGCAUGGCCUCGACGGCUCCGGUGUCUACAACGGCACCUCAGACCUCCAGCUCGAGCGCAUGAAUGUCUACUUCAACGAAGCGUCCAACAACAAGUUCGUGCCCCGUGCCGUCCUUGUCGAUCUCGAGCCCGGUACCAUGGACGCCGUCCGCGCUGGACCCUUCGGUCAGCUCUUCCGUCCCGACAACUUCGUUUUCGGCCAGUCUGGUGCUGGUAACAACUGGGCAAAGGGUCAUUACACUGAGGGUGCCGAGCUGGUCGACCAGGUCCUCGAUGUCGUGCGCCGCGAGGCCGAGGGCUGCGACUGCCUCCAGGGUUUCCAGAUCACCCACUCCCUCGGUGGUGGAACUGGUGCCGGUAUGGGUACGCUCUUGAUCUCCAAGAUCCGCGAGGAGUUCCCCGACCGCAUGAUGGCCACAUACUCUGUUGUGCCCUCCCCCAAGGUCUCCGACACCGUCGUCGAGCCUUACAACGCCACACUCUCCAUCCACCAGUUGGUCGAGAACUCGGACGAGACCUUCUGCAUUGACAACGAGGCUCUCUACGACAUCUGCAUGAGGACCCUCAAGCUGAACAACCCGUCCUACGGUGACCUGAACCACCUCGUCUCUGCCGUCAUGUCGGGUGUCACCACCUGCCUGCGAUUCCCCGGUCAGCUCAACUCUGACCUGAGGAAGCUGGCCGUCAACAUGGUUCCCUUCCCUCGUCUCCACUUCUUCAUGGUUGGAUUCGCUCCCCUGACCAGCCGUGGCGCCCACUCCUUCCGCGCCGUCACCGUCCCUGAGCUCACCCAGCAAAUGUUCGACCCCAAGAACAUGAUGGCUGCCUCUGACUUCCGCAACGGUCGCUACCUGACCUGCUCUGCCUACUUCCGUGGUAAGGUCUCCAUGAAGGAGGUUGAGGACCAGAUGCGCAACGUCCAGAACAAGAACUCGUCUUACUUCGUUGAGUGGAUCCCCAACAACGUUCAGACCGCCCUCUGCUCGAUCCCUCCCCGUGGUCUGAAGAUGUCCUCCACCUUCGUCGGUAACUCCACCUCUAUCCAGGAGCUGUUCAAGCGUGUUGGUGACCAGUUCACUGCCAUGUUCAGGCGCAAGGCUUUCUUGCAUUGGUACACUGGUGAGGGUAUGGACGAGAUGGAGUUCACUGAGGCAGAGUCCAACAUGAACGACUUGGUCUCCGAGUACCAGCAAUACCAGGAGGCUUCCGUCUCCGAGGGUGAGGAGGAGUACGACGAGGAGGCCCCUCUUGAGGCUGAAGAGUAA